AUGUAUGCUUCUGGAAAUAAAUUGACUUUGAAUGUAAGCUCAUGUUGGACUCCUCCCUUUUCACUUUACGCCAUGGAAUUAAACAAUUGGAACUUGGGUCAUCAUUUUCCUAUAUGGCUAAAAUCACAAAAAAGUAUUUCUCAAAUUACCAUGUCCAAUACCGGUAUUUCAGAUGUCAUUCCUAGUUGGUUAUGGAAUAUUUCUUCAUCAUUUGAUCUUUCUAUUGACUUGUCUGAAAACCAAAUUUAUGGAGAAAUUCUUGAAUUUCCAAAUGAUGGUUCUUAUAUGUUGAACUUGAAUUCCAACAAGUUAACAGGUCCAUUACCCCGUAUCCCAGUUUACUUUAGUCUAGACCUUUCAAAUAAUUCAUUGUCUGGUAACAUUUCUAAUUUUCUUUGUGAUCGAAAGAGCCGUACAAGAUAUAUUGUGGGCCUGAAUCUUGCAAAUAAUUUUUUAUCAGGAAAGAUUCCAGAUUGUUGGAUGUAUUGGCCAUCAUUAAUAAAUAUAGACUUGGACAACAAUAACCUGACGGGAAAAAUUCCAAGCUCCAUAGGAUCUUUACAAAGCUUAGAAUCAUUGCAUCUUCAUAAUAAUAGUCUCACUGGAGAAAUACCAAAGGCUCUUAAGAAUUGCACAACAUUAAUUGGUCUUGAUCUUGGUUUUAAUAAGUUGGUGGGAACUAUACCAAGAUGGAUCGAAAGUAUUCCAUUCCUGGGCCUUCUUGUCCUUCGUUCAAACAACUUGAUUGGCCUUAUUCCAGUGGAGCUAUGUAAACUUUCUACACUUCAACUAUUGGAUGCUAGUAAUAACAAUUUGACAGGAAUCAUACCGAGAUGUUUCAAAAACUUAACAGUUAUGACCUCUAGGAAAUCAGAGAUGUUACACUUUAGUUACUAUAGCUCUAUGAAUCAUGAAUCUAGAGAGAAUGCAAAUCUUGUUAUUAAAGGAAGGGAAAACCAGUACAACACCAUCUUAUAUCUCUUAAGUACCUUAGACCUUUCAGCGAACCAAUUAUCAGGAAAAAUACCAGAAGAACUUACAAGUCUCGAUGCAUUAUAUUCGUUGAAUUUGUCAGGAAACUAUUUGAGCGGGAGCAUUCCAAAAAAGAUUGAUAGUAUGACAGCGUUGGAAUCUCUUGAUCUCUCAAGAAACCGAUUGUCCGGUCACAUUCCUUCAGGUAUGGCAAGCUUAACAUUCUUGAGUUUCUUGAACUUGUCAUAUAACAACUUGUCUGGACAAAUUCCAACAAGCACCCAACUGCAAACCAUGGAUGCUUCCGGCUUUAUUGGCAACAAAUUGUGUGGACCACCACUCCUCAUAAAGUGUAGAGAAGAUCAUGUGACAUUGAAUAGGAUGCAAGUACUGAAGAUGGAGAAAGACAAGAUGAUGAAUACUGGUUCCGAUUGGGCAUAG